GGAACAGCCCCAUUCAGGCAUAGACCGGAAGUCCUUAUGAGAACUCUCUAAGAGUUGCGCCAUCUCUAUGGUCUCUUCCCCCAGGCUCUCAGAUCCAGCUGUUUCCAGAGGUGACCAGGCUGAAUAAAGACAGUGCUGGAGAGGAGGCUUCAGCUCUGAGAAAUGGCUUCCUUCGGGUGGAAGAGGAAGAUUGGGGAGAAAGUAUCAAAGGUAACAUCACAGCAGUUUGAAGCUCAGGCUGCUGAUGAGCAGGGCCUUGAUGGCGAUGGGGCCGAGUGGCUCCCUGAGGCAAAGAAGAAGAAGGGACUUCUCCUUGAAGACUGUUUGGCAAAAAGUAAACAGCUGAAGGAGGAAGGAGCAGUUUUGGCGGAAAAUGAAAGAUACCAGGAGGCUGUUCACAAAUGGGAUGAAGCACUUCAGUUAACUCCAGAAGAUGCUACUCUCUAUGAGAUGAAAUCGCAGGUCCUGAUGUCCCUGCACGAAAUGUUUCCUGCAGUGCAUGCAGCAGAAAUGGCUGUCCAGCGAGAUCCUCACUCUUGGGAGGCCUGGCAGACAUUGGGACGCGCUCAGCUCGGAUUAGGAGAAAUCACAUUGGCAAUCCGAAGCUUCCAGAUUGCCUUGCACAUCUGCCCAGUGAACCCUGACCUGUGGAAUGAGGAUCUUUCUUGGGCAAGGCAGCUACACAGACAGCAAAAGAAAGCAACCAAGACUGGGACAGAGAGCCAAGGAACAGCAGCUCAGGGGGAGGCUUCAGAAGAACCGAUCCCGGACUAUGAUUUUGAAAGCGACGAGAUCCUAGCCGUCUGUGCAGCCAUAGCUGAGAAGGAGAAGAACACAUCUUCCUCAAAAACUGUAGUGAUAGUGUCGGCUUCAGGGACCGUGGAGACUGUGACUGAAAAAGAGGAAUGUGCGACAACUCCAGACAGUACUGUUUUUAUCAAAGCUCGAUAAAGCAGCACUCUUUCUUCUGAAAAUGACCCUUCCUUUCGAGGGCUUCCUUGCCCGCGUCCCCCUGUGUGCUUCAGCCUCCUCUUGGAUCAUCAGGAACUGCGAUGGAUCCUUUGAAGGCUUGCCCUGCCAAGUUAAGCCUCAGUGGGUGUGUAGUUGUGACCCUUUGCUUUCUGAAUCGCUGUGUCAGUAGGAAGGGGAGGAAGAUCCCAACAGUCAUACUUCAGGGGAGCUUCAUGUGCUGCGAGGUGACCACAAAUUGAAUGCUGCCACGUAUGGAGAGAAUAGGAAAUAUUGGGCAAUUGAGAAGAAUGAUCAUGGAAGCAGGGUAGCUUCUGCUAAGCAUGUUAUGCUUCUGGUUUGAAAAUGGCGGCUUUCACUUGGGAACUGGAGGUUAGGUGCCGUGUGACACUCUCAUCAUUUCUUUGGGAAGACUGUCAUCAGUGGUCCCAUAAAUAGCAUUGAAACUUCUCCCUAGACUGCCUCACAUGAUCUUUUCUCAUCUCCGAUCUUUAUGCAUACCAUAAAGAAGCCUGGAGAUGAUCUUCCAAUCUGUCUUGCAACCCAGUGACUCUGGUUCCUUCCUCCCCACCCCCGCCUCUCCAACUUGUUGCCAUGGCUGAUUGUGGGUGUUGCCUCCACCCCACCAAUCCCUUGGGCUUUCCGGGGCUUGCUUCAGCAGCAGCCUCUGACCCUUGCCGUAGAGUGGUUUUGGAAUCCAGUUAUUAACAUGUCUUUGUUUUUCAGUUAAUUGAAUGCACAGAAGAAGCAAAAGGUAUCAAUCACUCCUUCUCUCUCUCCCCCCCCCCCCCCCAAUUUCCAAAGAAGCAAUACAUAAUUAGGGUUUGUAGAAUCUUUCGGGCUCAAGUGCCGUGUUCUACUGGAGAAAGUUUUCCUUCCAGACGUUUCGUACUCGCUGCGGAGAACAUCCUCAGUGGCGUUGCAGCCGGAGCAGGCGCUCUGACCUUCUUGGCUGCUGUGCAUUGAGAACGAAACGUCUGGAAGGAAAACUUUCUCCAGUAGAACACGGCACUUGAGCACGAAAGAUUCUACAAACCCUAAUGAUGUUACCAGCCGUGAAAACCUGAAAUCUUUGAUAAGCAAUACAUAAAUAUGAAUAUAUAAAUGCCUUUUAAAAAAAUUAGGCAAACGAGUUCCCAAGACCCAAACUUGUACCAUCGUAAAGCAAUUGUCUAAUUAUCGCCAGCAGCCAUGUGGCGCGAGCGUGUUGUUCGACUUAUAUAUGCUACCAUUGAACAUACUCAUUUUAUUAUCUGCUUCCACCGUUCCUUGGAACAUGAAACAAGUUGUUCAGUUUGUAAUCAUGGCUGGGAAAUCACUGCUUUUCCUGCCUGCUUUUAAAAAAAUACCAGAGGGAAGCAAGCUUUAGAAGAAACAGGAUAGAACGUGGUGGCCUCAGUUUUAUUUGCCCUCAUUCUGUAGGUUGAAGGCUGUGAAACUUCAUUCCACAUGCAAUAGUGUUUUUUUCUUUUGGUAUAAGGAGUGACUUCUGCUGCUACAAGGGGGCUCAUCCUCCAGCAGAAGUCGCCUUGCAUCAGAGGAAAGCGCUUCCUUGAGUGGAACAGAUCUGCAGGGUUGGAACCAUAGUCAAGGUUUUAAUAAAUUUUAAUAAAUAUUCACAAAAGACCUGAAUAUCCUGUUUGAUUUUCCAAUAAACUCCUGAUAAGUCUACGAAGUUUGUUUUGGAAACAGAUCUUCUCCAUGGAUGUACUAAGUUCAGAUUUAGCCACAUUUCUCAGUUUAGUAGACGCAUGGUCCUUUUCUUCAGUGGAAGCAUUUUGAAGCAAGUUGUGUAUACUCCUUGGAGUAACACACAGUUGGUUUAUAUCCCUCUGGGCUCCGCUCCUGUUUACAAGCAUACGUUAAUAAAACAAACCUUUGUUUUUAAUAAGACUGGAAGAGCAGGGCUAGAUCCAAUUACCUUAGGCAUCGCUUUGGACUGGUUAUUGUCUUUUUCUCCCAGGAGACUACCAAAUUUCUAAUUUACAUAGCCCACAGUUUUACCUCGCCUGAUCUUAUGCACAUUUACUUAGAAGUACAGCCCACUUUGUUCAGAGGGAUCUAUCUGUGCCAAAGUUACCCUGUACAGGACUUUUGUCUAUGAGAAACCCUGGAAAUGAUGGGCAGAUUUUUUUUCUGAGUGUGCUCAAUGAGAGAAGAAGGUGGUGACAUUGCUAGUGAAACUACUUUACAUUUGACUCAGCAUAGCAGGGCUUAGCUGUCCUUUCAUGCAUGCUGCUUCAUCAUGAAAAAUAAAACAAUUUAUGGCAGGAUAAGGUACUGCUGACACUUUCUUUCCUAUAAUAUUCAGUUGCGUGGGAUAGUUUCCUGAGAAGCAGCAGCCAAUCGGUAUUCUGCUCAAAUAAGUGGUGGAUUGUUCUUAUUCUGUCCCAUAAUUGUCAUGCUUAGAUCCUGGUUUUCAGGUAUUUCCACGUUGCAAAUAAAGUUUGUGUCCCGUGUGAUUUAA